AUGUCGUUUUUUGGCUUCGACACCAGUCGCCAUAACCCGGCGGCGACGGGCUUCUCGCAAGCUCACAAUCCGUUUGCCGGGCUCUCGAAUCGCGAGGAUGAAGGCGAUGCUCUAGAGUUCGAGGACACAUACGACGGCUUGGGCGACCAACUAGACGAAACUGGCGACGCGUUCAAUGACGAUACGUUUGGCGACACCACGGUUUUCGAGUCCAAGCCCGUUGGCAAAGAUUUCGAUUUCUUCAAUACUACCGCCAAGGUCGCGAACGCCAUUGAAGAGGAGCAUGUCCGUUUUACUCGCCAGCAACCCACGGCCCGGUCCUCACAAACGGUGCCCCAGGCCGCCGCGCCCGCUGCUUUCCAGCACCACGCGCCCGGAUCAUCUUCCUAUGGGCACUACUCCCAGUUGCCGCCCUCCAAGCCGGCUCGCACCGGUUAUGAGAAGUAUAGCAGCGAGCCCGUUGCUGAGCUUCAGGUCGACGCGGCCCUCUGGGGCGUGGCACCCAAGAAGCAGACGCAAGCGGCUGUUCCUUCUGCCUCACCGGCACCUAUGGCGGCUGCUCCAGCUCGAAAGAUCCUCAGCUUGGAGGAGGUGGAGGCACAGAUGAGGGCUCAGGCUAAGAAGACCUCACAGCAGGCCACGCCCUCCCCGGCGCCGCCGGUGGCUGCUGUCCCUUCGGGCUCCCAAACCCAAGUGCCUCCGAUGCAUUACGAUCAGGCGUACCAGUUCGCUCAACAUGGCCAGCCCGCCCAACACGCUGAUACUACUGGACAUGAUCAAGGCGCUCCUGCUGGGCAUGGUCAUCCCAUCACCAUUCUUCAACGGCCCACGUCGAAACCAGCUGCUUCCCCGCAACCUCCGACUCAACCUGCCGCCCACGCGCGGCAACAGCCAUCGGGGCCUAUCCACCCUACUCAGAUUUUGCAAAACCCCAACCGCCUUUCGGGAGACGCCGCGAGGGUCGGGAUGCACCAACAGUCUCCUCACGGAAGCUACCCAGGACAUCCGAUUCACAGGCAGCAGGGCUCCUUCUCGCAACAGCCGCAAAUUAUCACCCACCCGUCACAAUUGUCUCAGCUCAACGAGGAAGAGAAAGCGGCCUACUUGGACCAGGAAGCGAAACGAGCCAAGCGCAACCACAAGAUCUUUCUCAUGUCCCGCGAUAACGGUAUCAUGACUCCCCAGGACAAGAGCUUUGUGACCAGGAUCCAGCUUCAACAACUCGUGGCCGCCACCGGCAAUCCUAACGAGCAUGGCACUGAUGAGUCCUUAACUGAAGACUUUUACUACCAAGUCCACAGCCAGAUCCAGGGUAGCCAACGCCAGAACCCCAACCAACCACUCAACAAUUUUGCCCAGACGUAUCUUUACCAGACUGGUAGCCGCCAGGGUGGCAUGCGCCGUCACCACCGCGGCCCAGAGAAUCACAUGCAGCGCAUGGAGCAACAGGUCCAGCGAGCUGUAGAGGCUGCCAAGAACAAGCCCAAGAACAAGCAGCUUGUGAUUGAAGGUAGCCUGGGCAAGAUUUCCUUUAGCAAUGCUAAGACCCCAAAGCCGCUGUUGAAUAUCAAGCGGGCAGAGAACCCUACCGAGGCCCACCGCCCCAGCAGUGCCCACAGGCACAUCGACCAUGUGGGCGACAGGAAGAGCGACCUCCGCUCCAUUGAAAGCAUCUACACCACUCUGAUGAAGAUGGAGGACCACGACAGGGUUAUGCCCCCGCCCCCCGCCAACGAUGCGGACACCGAAGCCAUCCAAACUUUCGUCGCCUGGAACAGCGAAGCGCAAAUUCUCAACAACCAGCUCUGGGAAAGCCUCCGGAUCCACGACCAUCCCGACAACGGUGUGGUCCACCCCUUCAUUAUUCUGUUGUCAUACACCAAGGGUAUGAAGGCGAUGCAGCGUGUCUCGCGUCAUCUCACCCACGAGCAGCGGACAACAAUCUUGACUCUCAUUCUCGUCAACUUGGAUAGCUUGGACGUCGUACGCGGCGCCCAAGUGACGCCGGAUUCCCCGCAACCGAAUGCAGCUAUGCGUGAGAACGUCGAGCUCUUCAUAGUCGCAGUCAUGUCUACUCUGUUUAACAUCCUGAACGAGCUUGAUCUGGACCUUGUGGCCGGCAUGCUGGGAUUGGUCUGCAGCCGCAAUGUCGAUGUGAUUGCCAAGAGCCGAGUUGGUGCUUCUAUGCUCACCAUGAUCUUGAGCCGGGCCGAGAUUAUCAAGCAUGGUGGUGGCGGCAGCGAACAAGCAUGGCACUCUUGGGACGUGACUCACACCCAGUUCUUUGAUCUCAUCGAGCCUUCGCUCCCACACACCUUCCCCGGCCCUGUCACAACCAGCGACGACAUUUACGUCUGGCAACUUCUCGCCGCUCUUGGUAUUGGCGCCAGCCCUGACCAACAGCAGAGGCUUGUUCUGGCCGUCAAGGACCGCGUGAUGGAUACCGUCGCCCUGUCCAAGACACUUCCCCAGGAUCUCGCCGCUCAGCGCCUCCAGAACGUCAAUUUGUUCAUGCGCUCGAUCGGCCUAGAUGUGGAAUUGCUCCAGUAA